AUGCGCGGGCUGGGCAGUGCGCGCUCGCACCUCGACGCGCAGAUGUCGCCACUGCAUCCUGUCGGCGACCUCCCGGCUGCGCCGCUGGUGGGGCAUGUCCCUCGGCAGUCCGGACUCCGGGCGACAGAACUCAGCGCCUGCUGUGGCCGUGGCGAAGGGAGGGUGGCGGCAUCCGAGCAUGUGCGGCAUGAGCUGCUGUGCGCGCACAUUGGGGGACUAACCCCGUGGGCCCGGCGGGGUUCUGCUGUCUGUGCAGUCAACGGCCACAACCAAGAAGCGCUCAGGCAGGAUUUCAACGCUGAAACCGUAUGCAAGCUGUGCAAUGUGGAACGCAUACAAAAUGCGGUGUUCUGGUUGUUGACAGACACUGAGCAGGAGGUUCACACGCCACCUGCCUCCAACUGUUCCUUCCACCCUCCAACUGGAUCACCCUUGUCAAGUAGCCAUGACAACCAAAGCCUUGCGCCUUGCAGGCGAUCGUGGGCACAGAAAAAUGCUAUCAAUACUUGCUCAAUUGAUGUUGUUCAAUUGGCCCCUUGUUGA